GUCAGUUGGUCCAGUCAUAUAUUUUGUCAUUGUAGUUUUCUUAAAAUCUCGUUCUCGUGAACCCAAUAUCGUGUCUCGUCUCGUCUCGUGAGCUGAGUGUAUCGUCACAACCCCAUUAUCUAUAGCCAAUUCUAUAACCAAAAUACCAUGUUGUUCAGUCGGUAAUUGGCAGUUAUUAACUGCAGCAGGAGGUCAAAGGUCGGCCUUAAAAUGCAAUGGCAUGUAUUCAUACAGAGACUGGUGUCGAGAGUUGCCACAGCAACAUUUGGGGUAGGGGUUAAGGGAAGGGCUGUGUAUGCGGUCCGUCGAGUGGUGAUCAGCUCCCCCACCAAUCAGAAUCAGCUAACCGUCACAACCGCUGUCAAACCAAAGAUUUCUGCCGUAAAUUCCUUGAUUCUCCUUUUGAUGAUUAUGUACAUAGUUAGGUAGAUAAUAAUAUGCAGCCCCCCUCUCGACAAACAAAUUAUUGAUUAAUUGCAUGAUGUCAUACUCAAUUAAACAUUGCAACCAAACUAUGCAACCCAACAACGGGUCAGUGUGCGGCGGUGGCUUCAACAUGCCACAGUCCUUUGUGCUGGAGCAACAUGUCAUGUUCAUGCACUGAGGUGUUAGUUGGUUGUACUACGGCCAUAGUUACCGCUAAUGUAAAUAUGGAAAGGUUUUGCCCAGAAGUUCCCAACGUGGUACCUACAAAAAGCCUAAAAUAAUUAAAAAGGGGUUUGUUCUAUAAAUAUAUUUUUACCGAGUUGAAUUUAUGUGCAGCAGCGGAAACACGAUGCUCAGAGUCAGCGAGACAUGUUUAUGACGAUGAUACCUUCCAUUGUUUUACAUGAACAUGGGGCCGUAGCAUUGCAAUUUGCAUUCUCCCAGCAGGUGUGACUGCACUUGAGUGGCCGGUGGACUGGACGGGUGCAUGAGGAGUAUAACGGUUUGCAUAUCAAUCUCCAGAUUAGAGAACACCCUGUGGAGUGGCUGCAUUCGCCUGCGAGUUGAGCCAUCGUACCCCACGGUUAGACACAAAAGGAACUCACCAAGUAGUUAAUAGAGGAAGCUACAAAUACAGUCCUGAGGAGCAUCAGAACCUUUAGUUUUUUUCCCUGGAGGCCCCUCCUGCCUAUUUCUUUGAAAGUACACCGACGUGCCACGACCCUGACUCAACGGUCCGCCGGGCGACACCAGUGGAGCAAAAAAUGUUAUCUUGGACGCAGGCGGUGCUCGUGUGGCUCGCCAUGGUGAGCGGACUGGUGCUGGGCACGGUGGAACAGGAGCUGUCCCCGGAGUGCAGGAGGUUCCUGUACAAGGGCACCCCGCCGACGGGCCUGGAGCGCCGCUCCCUGAGGAACAUAUGUCAGCGGUACAACAGGAAGGCUCGCUACUUGACGCUGUACGACACGGAGGGACACAUCCCCGUCUACUCCGCCUACACCUUCAAGCGCUCCGAGGGCAACAGCCAAAACGACGUCCCGUGGAUGUACGAGCCGCAGCUCUCCUUGCUCACCGAAACCGGGGAGAUGCAGCCCUUCCCGCGCAGAUACACGCCCAUGAACUUCGAGGACGCCCAGGCGGUGCUGGAGGACUACACCAACGCCAUCCUGUACGAGCGAGGCGCCCUGAACCCCAACGCGCACCAGGCGCAGCCCGACGACAAGGCGGCCACCUACACCCUGACCAACGUGGUGCCCCAGACCUGGGAGUUCAGCGCGCAGGCCUGGAAGCCCCAGGAGCAGGUGAUCCGGAAGCGGCUGAACAACUACUGCCACGGCACGGCCUACGUGGUGACGGGGGUGAUCACGUCAGGGAGGAUGAUCCGCCGGCAGAAUAUCAACCGAGUGGCGGUGCCCGCGUACAUGUGGUCGGCGUACUGCUGCGUCGACUACGACCGCAACGCGCCGUUCAACGAGCGCUACCGCUUCCCCGUGUUCGGCCACUACGGGAUCAACGACCGGGAGGGCGGCGAGGUGGUGGAGCUCUCCGUCCAGAAGCUGGAGGAGUUCAUCAAGAAGACAACCUUUGUGGAGAAGAACUUUCAGAUCUUCACGGACGGCUGCGUCGCACCUGCUAUACAGUUGGCGGAAAAUUAAAGGGCGCGCUAUCUUUCAACAAUGUCGCCUUUAGUGAUUUGAUUGUAAAAUACCGUUUGAAUGUAUUUGGUGGCCUUCAAACUCCUGAAAAUGCUUGACAACUGGACGUUAAUAAAUAUUCUCUUCUGGCUGUUUUGAAACUUUUCUGGUCUUUUUUUAUGGAGAUACUCUGAAUGAUAUAAACUGUUGUAAAUAUUUAAGGACAGCUGGCCUGUAAGGGGAAUUCAUUAUUUGAUCUACCUAUUUUUUCGAUACAGAUUUACCUUUACACGGUCUGGGAUAAAGGACUAACGGCACAAUUUGGGUAUUGGGCAUCAGGUUAUAGUUAUGGUUAGGCAUAGUUCUACACGCUACAGCUGGCCUGUAAGGGGAAUUAAUUAUUUGAUCUACCUAUAUUUUCGAUACAGAUUUACCUUUACACGGUCUGGGAUAAAGGACUAACGGCACAAUUUGGGUAUUGGGCAUCAGGUUAUAGUUAUGGUUAGGCAUUCUUAGGCAGUUCUACACGCUAUACAGUACUUUUCAUUUUAUCACACACACCAAGAGUAAUUAAAUAACACAAUUACAAUAUUUGUAAAGGCCUCAUUGGUCUAUAUUCAUUAGACAGCGACCAAUAACAACCCAGAAGUUAAAAAAUAUAUAUACCCCAUUCAAGUGUCCAUGUAUCUAUAUGGCAUUAUCUUGGGGUAAUUUAGAGCACCGAUAACAUUCACUACUUUUGACUAAUAUAUGAUAGGACAAUUAAAGUUGCCACACUUUGCAUGUAUGGAAACGAAUUGAAAGCGGGCUUCACGUUGGUAGGAUACCAGAUAAAUAAGGUGAUGCCUGAGUUGCUGGCUGAUGUGGUUCGUCAUGCUGCAGGGGCGAUUCUAGGUUUCAGAAACAUCCGGGGCUUAGCCGAGAGGGAAAAGAAACGUAUCCCUGUGGGCAAA